UCCACGACACUCCGAUCAACUGCUUGGGGUACUCACGUUGUGCUACUGCUCAUCUUUCGCAGCCUGUUCGUGUCGCGCCUAGCUGGAUCAACCGAACGUUGAUUUGCCUCCCAAUUCCUCACCUCGGCCCUCAGAAUAUCUGUUGUCGGCAUUCCGUGCCUAGCACGCCACCUGAGAUUUAGGCGCGACCCUGGUCUCGGUGUGUUGUCGAGGUUGCUGCUGGCCUAGCAAAUCACUUGUAUUGGCACGACCACCAGCUCAGCUCAGCUCAGAUAUCACGUAGGAACAGUCGACUCUUGUGCGCGUGUAUCAAACCAUCCAACGGGGCCACAAUCAUGUCACAUCAACCACGAAGGUCGAUCAUCAAGCACCCGCACGACUUUGCUGGUGCUCCCCAGAUUCUCUCCACUGGUGAAGGAUACGGCUCGCACGAUCAUGCGGCAACUGCAGCACGACACGGAACAGGCAAUGGCUAUUCUCACAGCGACGAUGACGCACUCCGUGCCAAUCGCGCGGUUCCUGGAGAGCUUGAUCUUAUACCACAACGCAGCGCACCGCCGCCUCCAGGCUCAUCCAAGUCAUACGCCUCCAGUGCUACUGGCUCCCCUAGUCUGAGUGGAAGCGCGUCGGCGUUUGUGCGGCCAAGCCAAGCUGCACCGAUAGGCUCCAGUGGACCCUACGCCGCUCACGGCAGCCCUCCAAUGAGCGGCUCGUCUUACGCCAGCAAGCCGCAGAGAUCUUCAUACAUUGCGGGGUCGUACCGCCAAGGUCCCACAGCAGUUUCCGGUCUGCCAGGUGGGGGAGCUUCUGCCGCACGCUCUGGCUUGCCAUCCUCUACCGGCGCGCCGAGUGGAUAUGCAAGUGGCAGCGCAAGCAAGUAUGGCGCAGGCUCCUCUACCGGAGAUGCGCCGCGACCGGCACCACCUCUGCGAUCAAACACGAUGGGUGCAGACGCUUACUAUGCUGCAGCGCCAGCAGGUGUCACACCGAGCGGUUUUGUACCUAGUUCUGGUGCGCGGUCGCACGCAAGCGUUAGUGGGCCAGCUCCAUCUCCGCAUCUAGGUGCGACGACUUCAAGUCCUCUCAGCAGCGGCUCGGCUACAUUCGAUUAUUUAGGAGGAGCGUCACCGGUGGUAGAUGCAGAUGCAGGGUCUGUCCCAAGCGGCCAAUUUGCCGGCCCCCAGGCCAGCAUUCGUUCACGGGAUGGGAGUCUGAGCGGCCCUGCUGGGCGCAACACCUUUAAAUCAGUCUUUGGCGGCUUCGUCAACUCAAUGAGCGAUGUCUUCUCGCAGCAGAAAAAGAUCGAGAUUUCCACGCCCUACGAUCCUGUCCAUUUGACCCAUGUUGGCUUCAACUCCGACACUGGGGAAUUUACUGGCUUGCCCAAGGAAUGGCAACAAUUGCUGCAAGAUUCUGGCAUUUCGAAACAGGACCAAGAGGCUAAUCCUCAGGCGGUCAUGGAUAUAGUAGCAUUCUAUCAGGACGCUACGCAGAACAUGGGCGAAGAAGAAGCCGUUUGGAGAAAGUUUGGGGGUGCAGGUGCGAAGUCUUCCGCUUCGGCUGGGACAGGCACACUGGGUAGCUCAGACGGCCGAUCAGGAGCGGGGGAGGAACAGCCUCCACCGCCAGUGUCAAAGGGCGUUUACGAGAAGCCUCGGGCAGCUCCCCCUCCACCUGGAGGUGCGUCCUCCGCGAAGAAGUCCCUCCGACGGCCACCUUCGCCCGAAAGGUUUGCGGCACCAACAGCGGUGGUACCAGAUCUUAAACCCUCACGGCCGGCUCCGGCCCCUGUGCCGGCUGCUGUCAAGCCAGCGCCGCCCAAGGCCGUUACUGCAAGUGCCUCGGGUGCGAGCGUCGCGCCUGUCGCUUCGAGACCAGCACCUCCGGUCGCUGCGUCCAAGACACAGAGCCCGUCAGCGGCACCCGGAGGUGGCAGCACCAAAGGCCCGGGCGCAACGCCUCGUCGCAGAGAGACGAAGAAGACACAGAUGAACGAUGCAGACGUGAUCGCAAAACUGCAGGCGAUUUGCACAGACGCAGAUCCUACGAAGCUAUACAGGAGUCUAGUGAAGAUUGGACAAGGAGCCUCAGGUGGAGUGUACACAGCUUAUCAGGUGGGAUCAAAUCUGUCUGUGGCCAUCAAGCAGAUGAAUUUGGACCAACAGCCAAAGAAAGACUUGAUCAUCAACGAGAUUCUGGUUAUGCGAGAAUCUAGACAUCGGAACAUCGUGAACUUCAUCGACUCAUUCUUGUACAAGGGCGAUCUGUGGGUGGUGAUGGAGUACAUGGAGGGCGGUAGUCUGACAGACGUCGUGACAUGCAACAUCAUGACAGAGGGCCAAAUUGCUGCAGUCAGCCGCGAAGUGCUCGAAGGUCUGCGUCAUUUGCACGCCAACAGCGUCAUUCAUCGAGACAUCAAGAGCGACAACAUCCUCUUGUCCAUGAACGGUGACAUCAAGCUCACUGACUUUGGCUUCUGCGCUCAGAUCGGAGAAUCCCAAGCGAAGCGUACUACGAUGGUCGGAACUCCGUACUGGAUGGCACCCGAGGUGGUCACACGCAAAGAGUAUGGGCCGAAGGUGGACAUUUGGAGUCUUGGUAUCAUGUGCAUUGAAAUGGUGGAGGGCGAGCCUCCUUACCUGAAUGAGAACCCGCUUCGCGCAUUGUACCUCAUCGCGACAAACGGUACGCCAAAGAUCAACAAUCCGGAGAAUUUGUCCAGCACCUUCCGCGACUUUUUGAAGACGUGCUUGGAUGUGGACGCAGAGAGAAGGCCAGAUGCCACGACUGUCCUUGGACACUCCUUCUUGAAGUAUUGCGACAGCUUGCGGACACUGAGUCCUCUGAUCAAAGCGGCUCGGGAGCAGAACAAGAAGUGAUGAAGAUCUGCACAAUGCACGUGCCACAUCUCGAGAUCGUCACGCAAAACCAAUACCAAUGCCCAACUUUUCGCUGUGCCAGGGCACCCAGGUUCCCGCGUUUCUCUCCGGCAGAGGAACGCCGAACUCUCAUCAUGGCUAUCAUGGCUCCCCAACCGGGCGCAGUCUUCCCUUCAGCGCCUCUCGCCAUGCAUUUGCCUUCAGCCUCAGGUUGGCCACUCAUGUUCAGCUUUUGCCAUAAUGCUGCGGAUGUAAAUCUCAAUCGAUUGCCCAUGUUAAAGGCCUGCAGCGUUCGUGGCCCUGGGCCAAAGGUGAGA